AUGAAAUCUGAGUCUGUGGUGGCAGACCCUUUCCAGGCCCCUACAAUCAAGCAACCUCACCAAUCACUUGCUGCUUCAUGCCCGGUUGCAUCUGACUCUGCUGGUUCACCUUCUAAACAGCGAGCUGGAGCUCCUACUAUUCCCGCGCCAGCUUCCACUCUAGCUCCCUUCGGCCUCGAAGAUCAUCAGGUUCUAUCUUUUGUAGAUUCUGGUCUGGAAAGUACCCUUGCCCUGCCUGAUGCUGUAGCAGCUUAUACGGAUGCGUUGAAAGUCUUCUGCGCUCUAUUAGGCUGUGGGGCCCAGAUCUUCUUGAAUAAACUAAAGUUGCCCCUUGGAAUGAAGCCUCUUAGGCUGUCUACCUUUGAUUCAAGAGUCUCACCUUGGCGAUCUACUGAGAAGGUCGUAUCCAUGGUCUCGACUCGCUCAUACCCGGCCCACCUCUCUGAGGGGGACUUCCUUGCUAUGCCACCAUCCUAUUAG